AUUCCUAACCCACACCUGGACACGUCACGAUGGCAGUUUGCUAGUGAGUGCCGUGGCUCAACUCUUACCCGAUUGUGUUUGUGUAGCGCCGUGGGCGUCUUCGGCGCAGUGGAAACUCUGAGAGAGAGACCCACCCACCUUAAGCUAAACACAUACCGAAAGUACUUCCUUGAUCUGUUCUCAUUUAAGGACGAAAAGACCUGAAGCACGGGCAAGCAGAGCUAAACGAUGAGUUAUCCAGGAUAUCCUUCCCAAGGUGGCGGCUACCCCCCCCAGCCCGGCGGAUACCCCCCCCAGCCUGGUGGAUACCCCCCUCAGCCCGGCGGAUACCCACCCCAGCCUGGUGGAUACCCCCCUCAACCCGGCGGAUACCCACCCCAGCCCGGUGGAUACCCCCCUCAGCCCGGCGGCUACCCUCCUCAGCCUGGAGGCUACCCUCCACAACCUGGUGGAUACCCCCCGGCUUCUGGUGGCUACCCAUCUGUGCCUCCUGCCGGCGGCGGGUCCGGCUGGGGCAGUGCACCUGGCUUUUCUUCCAUCGGACUCGAUAAUCUAUCCAAUCCUGGAUUCACCUCUGGCUCUAUCGGAGCAAUGGCUGACCAGAUUUCGGCAUCCAUGGGCGGAGUGAAUCCUAAUCCAGCGAUGUUCUCCCAAGCACCCAGUGGCUUUCCUGCCCAGCCAGGGGGAUACGGGGGGCCUACCCCCAGCCAGCAGCCCUACGGCAUGUACCCGCAACCAGGAGGAAACAUGCCCCAGGGAAUGGGAUAUCCCAGUGGUCCUGCCCCUGGCCAGCCCAUGCCAAGCUUUCCAGGAGCUCCUGCAGCCAAUCCAUCAAUGCCUGCUUACCCAUCAAGCACCCCUGGUGCCCCAGUGGUCCCACCCAUAAAUAGAGGCUACCGAGGCACAAUCAAAGACUUCCCAGGCGCAGACCCGCUGAAGGAUGUAGAAGUCCUUAGAAAGGCAAUGAAGGGCUUUGGCACGGAUGAGCAAGCUAUUAUUGAUCUUCUUGGAAGCCGCUCCAACAAGCAGCGAGUGCCCCUUGUGAUUACCUAUAAAACUGCUUAUGGGAAGGAUUUAAUUAAAGAUUUGAAAUCAGAACUUUCUGGAAACUUUGAGAAAGCUGUGCUGGCCAUGCUGAAAACCCCAGUGAUGUUCGAUGUCUAUGAAAUCAAAGAUGCCAUAAAGGGAGCCGGUACAGACGAGCAGUGCUUAAUUGAGAUUCUGGCGUCCCGUUCAAAUGAAGAAAUCCGUGAGAUCAAUAAAGUUUACAAACAAGAGUUUAAGAAGACUUUGGAAGAUGCCAUUAGCAGUGACACAUCAGGACAUUUCCGCAGGCUUCUCAUCUCAUUGGCUCAGGGUAAUCGCGAUGAAAGCAUGAAUGUGGAUAUCACCUUGGCCAAGCAAGAUGCUCAGAACCUCUAUGCUGCAGGAGAGAACAAGCUUGGAACAGACGAGUCCAAAUUUAAUGCCAUCCUCUGUGCAAGAAGCAAAGCACACCUGAGAGCAGUUUUUCAUGAAUAUCAGCAAAUGUGUGGCCGAGAUAUUGAGAAAAGCAUUUGCCGGGAGAUGUCUGGUGACCUUGAGAAAGGGAUGGUUGCUGUGGUGAAGUGCAUCAAAAACACACCAGGCUAUUUUGCUGAAAGGCUCUACAAAUCCAUGAAGGGAUUGGGAACAGACGACAGGACCCUGAUCCGAAUCAUGGUUUCCCGUUCAGAAGUCGAUAUGCUGGAUAUCCGAGAGGAAUACCGGAAGAGCUAUGGAAAGUCCUUGUACACUGAUAUUACUGGUGAUACCUCUGGGGAUUAUAAGAAAUUGCUGUUGAAGCUCUGUGGUGGAAAUGAUUAAGAGGAGUGGAAGGUCUCAUCAGUCUCUUGAAGAUCUGCCAUACCUGUUGGAUUUGCUUUCAAAGCCAUACUUAAAUGUGUCACUUCUCAUUUUUGCAUUUAGUGAUAUUGCAUGUUUUCUCCUUAUUUCACUGCUUUCACAAAUGUGUACUCAGUAUGUUUGUGCACUUCUUUAUUUUCUAUAAAUCUCCUUGCUGCAGUUACAUGAUUGAUUAGCAGUCUCUUGUUUUGGAGCGAUCGUCCUCUAAGGGUGUUGAAUCUUGGAAAUCAGCUUCGUCAGUACUGGAUAUUAAAAUACUGUUUCAGUGUUUGAAAAUGUUUGAUUAUGGAUUAUAAACAUCUGUUUGAAAAAUAUAUAUAUAUAUUUUAAAAUGUACAUAAGUAACAAAUACAUAUUGCUUGCAAAUGUCCUUUUUAUACUUAGUUUUGUAACUAGGCCAAGAAAAAAAUACAACUGAGUACCAGACUGAAUGCAUAUCAAGUUAAGUCUUUUGUAUGAAUAUGUGUGCAUUGCAUUUGAUUUAACUAUGCAAUAGCUUCCAUAUUAAAGUAAAAAUAUAUUAAGCAGCUUAAUCUUUUUUCAUUCCUGUUAUUCUGUUAAUGCAAAGAAUUCUCAUGUUUAAUGAUGAGAAUUGAGGAUCGUAUUUUUCUAAGAUGUUUUCAAAAUUCCGAUUUUGUAUUGGAUUGUGCAGAUGGGUACCUUGAAUAUAUCAUUGAAAUGUAAAAAACGUAUUUUUACUUUUAAGACCUGGGCAAUGACAUUUAUUAAGAACUUGAGACUUAAUAAAUAAUUGGUACAGGAAUGGCGAGUUUGCAGAAGGAUGCUUUACUACUGCUAGUAUAGAGGUUUGGUAUAGUUCUACACCAAAGUCUUCACUUUUCAAAAUGAUCUGCAGAACAUUAUCAUUGUAUUAAUAAAAAAGGCCAUACAGUGACAUGACUA